AUGAUCAGAAAAUUUGAACCAAUUGUUCUUGUUCAUGGCGGAGCAGGUGAUAUUUCUAUUUCAUCGAUCCCAUUUAAGCUUAAAGGUGUAAAAUUAGCAGCACGAACCGGAUAUAAAAAAUUAUUGGAAACUGGUAAUGUUUUGGAUGCUGUUGAAGAAGCUGUCCGUAGUAUGGAAAUCGAUGAAUAUUUUAAUGCUGGUUUUGGAAGUGUUCUAACUUGGAAUGGUACUGUUGAAAUGGAUGCUUCAAUAAUGAAUGGAUAUAAUCUUGAUGCCGGUUGUGUUUCAUUAGCCGAAAAUAUAUUACAUCCGAUUUCAUUGGCCCGGCAUGUUAUGUAUAAAACUAGGCAUACUUAUUUAGCUGGUGAUGGCCUAAUGAAUUUUGCAAAAAAUGAAAAUUUUGAAAUUCUACCACCGGGGGCUUUAGUUACCAAAAGAGCACAAAAAGCAUUAGAAGAUUAUAAAAAUAGUUUAAAUGAAACAAUUUUUGAUUUAAAUAAAAAUUAUAUGUGGAAAAAACAAUUUGGUGAACCUGGAACUGUUGGUGCUGUUGCUAUUGAUGAAUUUGGUAAUGUUGCUGCUGCAACAUCAACUGGUGGAAUAACUGGAAAAUUACAAGGUCGAAUUGGUGAUUCACCAAUAUUAGGUGGUGGAAAUUAUGCUGAUAAUGAAUUAGGUGCAGUAUCUGCAACUGGUCAUGGUGAAGCCAUAAUGAAAUUUAAUGUUGCCCAAAAGAUUCUUCAACUUAUUGAACAUAAAUCGUUUACAGCUCAAGAAGCUAGUGAAUAUGUUUUAAAUGAAAUGUUUCGAAAAUUGAAAUGGGAUGCAGGAGUUAUAACAAUUGAUCGAAAUGCUAAUGUUGGUAUUUAUUUUACAAGUAAUAUGAUGUCAUGGUCAUAUAAGAAAGGUAAAUAUGUUCGUUACGGUAUACGACGUGGUGAAUCUGAUGUUGAAAUAGAUCCUGAAUAAUCAUUUCCUGAAUUUUAUAGCAGUCUCUGUUCAUUUCGUUUGUGAAAUAAUAUAAAAGUAAAGUUGUUUUUA